AUGGGUUCAAUCGACAUUCCGAAACAAUAUACGGUCAAAGACCUAUAUAUCGGCCAAAUAGCGAGACCUGUUAAAAUCAUUGUCAUCGGAGCUGGAAUAUCAGGAAUAGCGUUCGCAUACAAGGCCAAGGAACUCGAGCAGGUUGAGUAUGUAAUAUAUGAAAAGAACGCAGAUGUGGGUGGGACGUGGCUAGAGUCGCGAUAUCCGGGUUGCUCUUGUGACAUCCCGGCCCAUUCAUACAGCUAUCCUUGGGUGGGAAACCCAACCUGGUCCAAAUUCUAUGCUGGCGCAGAGGAGAUCUGGAAAUUCUAUCGUGACAGAGCUGAAGAAUACGGUGUUUAUGAGCAUGCAAAAUUCAACCAUCUCGUGGUUGGGGCAGAGUGGAACGAAGGCUACGGAAAGUGGACAAUCAAAGUGGAGGAUCUCGAGACUGGCAAGGUAACCGAGGACUCAGCAGACGUUGUUAUCAACUGUUGCGGAGCGUUGAACAAAUGGAAAUGGCCCGAUAUUCCUGGACUUCACUCAUUCAAGGGAAUACUCGUCCACACUGCCCGGUAUCCCCAGGACCUUGAUCUCAAAGACAAGAGGGUUGCGGUUAUUGGCGCCGGUUCGUCUGCCAUUCAGGUAGUCCCCACCAUCCAACCAAUUGUGAAAUCUCUCAUCAGUUUUACCCGGUCUCCGACCUGGAUUGCACCUCAGUUUGCAGGUCAAAUGGCCUCCGACGGACGUGCCACAACGUAUACCGAAGAAGAGAAGCAAAAGUUCCUCGAGGAUCCAGAACACCUACGGAAGUAUCGUCAAGAAAUUGAUCACCUCAUAAAUGCUAGGUUUCCCAAUUUCUACAAAAAUUCUCCUGCUCAAAAGGCCGCGCGGGAGAUUGUAGAAAAGCAAAUGAGGGAAAGACUUGCAAAAAUGGAUCCAGAGCUUCGCGAGAAGCUCAUUCCGGAUUUCGAGGUGGGCUGUCGACGGGUAACCCCUGGGGAGGGCUACCUCGAAGCCCUGCAGGAGGACAAUGUUGAAGUUGUCACAACGAAGAUUCGAGAGAUCAACCCAGAGGGCCUAGUGACUGUCGAUGGUAAGGUACAUGCAGUCGACGUGGUCAUUGCUGCUACAGGCUAUGACACAUCCUACAUUCCUCCAUUCCCACUCAUCGGAAGACAUGGCGUAGAUCUCAGAGAACGCUGGUCAAAGACUGGGGCUGAGGCGUACUUCACUUGUGCCGUCCCGGACAUGCCAAACUACUUUAUGGUUGUUGGGCCAAACACGCCAAUCUCGAACGGAUCUCUGAUGCCAUCCAUCGAGGCCCAAAUUGAAUUCGCCUUGAGCUUUGUGAAGAAGAUUCAAUGCCAAGGGGUGAAGUCUGUUGUGGUGAGCCGGGAAGCAACAACCGAGUUCAAUGACCACAAAGACGCAGUGAUGGAGCUUUUGACGUUUUCUGGAAAUUGCAACAGCUGGUAUGAGUUUAACGAUCUCUUCUCCAGUGGACGUCCGGCAUUAGAAACACCGUUCUAA